AGUAACGAGAGGCAGUUUGUUCGCGAUGGCUGAAAGCAAAGUUACGAUCGCUCUGAAACCGGGCACUAUCAUUGGUCAGAAGGGGACGCUUCCGAAUGGGAGCGAUUCGUUUGUCUUCAAAGGUAUUCCGUACGCAGAGCCACCGAUCAAUGAGCUUCGCUUUAAGUCUCCGGUGCCGCUGGUGUCGUUUGCUAGCGACCCGCUGGAAUGUCUCGCCGAUGGUCCGUCCUGUUGGGCCGAUGAAAAGAUGUUCGAUUUUCCGAGCGUUGGACACAAGUCGGAGGACUGUCUGUAUCUGAACGUGUUCUCGCCGGAUUUGAAACCCAAAGCGUUACUCCCGGUGAUGGUGUGGAUACAUGGCGGAGGGUUUUUUAUCGGAUCCGGACACUCGGCCCUGUACGAUCCGGAGUACAUUGUGCAGCAA